GAAAAGGAAAUCAAUUUUAUUCACUUCCAAUUCGGUUUGUGUUUUUGGUUAGUGUAAGUUAACUUGUGUAUUGUUUAAUUAAUCUAGUUUGAGUUAAAUUUAUAUUAUAAUUAAAAAUGACUAAGAGAGGUCGUGGUGGUACUGCGGGAGCUAAAUUCCGUAUCUCAUUGGGUUUACCGGUUGGUGCUGUUAUCAAUUGUGCUGACAACACUGGAGCCAAAAAUCUUUAUGUUAUUGCUGUAGCUGGUGUCAAAGGACGACUUAAUCGUUUACCUGCAGCCGGUUGUGGUGACAUGUUCGUCGCCACAGUUAAAAAAGGUAAACCUGAGCUUCGUAAGAAGGUUAUGCCAGCAGUCGUUGUAAGACAACGAAAACCUUUCCGCAGGAAGGAUGGUGUCUUCAUCUACUUCGAGGAUAAUGCUGGUGUCAUCGUCAACAACAAAGGAGAAAUGAAAGGUUCAACCAUCACUGGUCCAGUAGCUAAGGAAUGUGCAGAUCUUUGGCCUAGGAUAGCCUCUAAUGCAUCCAGUAUCCAAUAGACGAUGUUAAAAUCCACUAUAAACCUUAAAAUAAAAAUCUUUUCAAACGGAUAA